CCGUAGAGUACUUAACGGUGGGUGGAUCGAUCGAUCGCCAUGGCUUCCGACGGCAACCAAUUCCCUCCACAAAAGCAGAACUCUCAACCCGGGAAAGAGCACAUCAUGGACCCCACUCCUAGCUUUUCUUCUCACCAUUAUAAGCCUUCCAACCGCCUUCAAGGUAAGAUAGCAUUGGUGACCGGAGGAGAUUCCGGCAUCGGGCGAGCGGUUUGCCACCUCUUUGCCUUAGAGGGGGCCACGGUGGCAUUCACCUACGUGAAGCCGCAAGAGGACAAGGACGCAAGGGACACCCUCGAGAUCAUAAAGCAAGCCAAGUGCGACGGCGCGAGCGACCCGAUGGCCAUACCGACCGACUUGGGGUUCGAGGAGAACUGCAAGAAGGUCAUCGAGUCCGUGGUGAAUGCGUACGGGAGGAUUGACGUUCUUGUCAACAAUGCAGGAGAGCAAUACGAGGGGUCGAUCGAGGAGAUCGAUGAGCCUCGGCUUUUGCGCGUUUUUCGGACUAAUAUUUUCUCCCAAAUCUUUCUCGCCAAACAUGCAUUGGAGCACAUGAAGGAAGGGAGUGCAAUAAUCAACACAACCUCAGUGACAGCGUACAAGGGGAGUCCAAAGCUGAUAGACUAUUGCUCGACGAAGGGGGCAAUUGUGGCGUUCACCAGGGGGCUUGCGCUGCAGCUGGUGAGCAAGGGGAUACAGGUGAACGCGGUCGCCCCGGGGCCCAUUUGGACUCCGCUCAUCCCGGCCUCAUUCACCGAAGAAGAGUGCGUGGAGUUUGGGAAGGAGGUGCCCAUGCAGAGGGCGGGCCACCCCAUAGAGGUCGCCCCUUCCUACGUUUUCCUCGCGUCUAGCCCCGAAUCGUCCUACAUGACCGGCCAAGUCCUCCAUCCCAAUGGGGGAACGGUUGUUAAUGGCUAAAGAAAGCAAAAGGGAGUUCUUGUGU